AUGUCACAAACGCGGAAGAGCCCAGCUACAAUACCAAGUACACUUGCACCUGUGACUAGCGUGAAGUUAUCUCAAGCGGCUUCUGACACGGAUAUCCCAUAUACUAUGAGUGACGAAGAAGUCCGCAAUGUAAAUUUAUCUUUACGGUAUAAGCGCCCUCGUUCAGAUUCUUCUCCCGUGAAAAAUCAGUUUGAAGACUUUAAAGAUGAAAUUUUGCUAAUGCUUACUACGUGGAAACAGGACCAAGAGAUACAAAUUUCGAAAUUUAUGAGUGAACAAAAAGCAUCUCUGUCGAAAUUAAUGUCGGAAAUUACGGAGCUACGACUGCAAAAUAUUAAAAUACAAAAGUCUAAUACAGAAAUUGAAAAGUCUAUUAUUUUUAUUAGCGGACAAUAUGAGGACGUUCUAAAACAAGUUAAUACGCUCUCAAAGGACACACAACAAUUCGGAAAUAAUCUGCAAAUACUUGAAUCAAAAACGCAGGACCUCCAACAAUUUUCUCGCUCAUCCGCUAUUGAAAUCCGGAAUGUCACGCAAAACGAAGGUGAGUCAUCGGCGGAUUUAACGGAAAUAGUUACGAAAGUUGGUUCGGUCUUCGGUAUGGCAAUUACCAAAGGGCAUAUUCGCGAUAUUUACCGAUUGCCAGGCAAACCUGGAACAAAUAAACCCAUUGUCACCGAGUUUUCUAAUGUUCAAACAAAACAGCAACUACUUACUCAUGCAAAAGAUUUUAACAGAAGGCACUCUAAGGAAGACCGCCUAAAUUCCAGGAAAAUAGGACUAGCGGGCGAUCUUCGACCUAUCUAUGUCGCGGAUUACCUUCCCCUAACUUCAAGAAAACUCUUCUUUGCGACCCGGGAAUUCGCCAAGACAAAUGAAUACAAAUUCUGCUGGACUACAAACGGUCAAAUUUUUCUAAGAAAGGAUGAAGGUGCUAAGCAGAUUUUGAUUAAAUCAGAACAAAGUCUGCGUGACAUACCAGUGCCGCAAUGA